GCUGGCUGUCAGCUAAUCUAGGCUGGCUUCUCUUGGGUGACUUGGCUCUGCUCUACAUGUCUCUAAUCCUCCAGGAGGGUAGCUUGGGCAUGUUUUUAUCGCGCAAGUGGUAGAGGCAUAAGAGAGUGGGCAAUGCCAGUACAGCAAGCAUUUCUCAAGCUUCUGCUUCUGUCAUCUUUGCUAACAUCGCAUUGGCAGAAGCAAGUCCCAUGGCCAAGCUCAGAUUCAGAAGGGGAAGAUUCCACACAGUUCCAUACCAAAGGGCAUGGAUACAGGGCAGGGGGGAAAACUGGGGGCAUUUUUGCAGUCUUCCAGAAUGUAGAGCUCUGAAGGCUUUCCCAACCUCCCAACCGCUUUCACCUAUUCUUCACAUGAGAGGCCAUUUCCUGGGUGAAUAGGAAUGUGGGUUUGGUGUUACAGGAACCAGUGGUCUUCAAUGAUGUGGCCGUGUACUUCACCCAAAAGGAGUGGCAGCUGCUGGAGCCUGCUGAGAAGGACCUGUACAAGGAUGUGAUGCUGGAGAACUAUGGGAACCUGGCCUUCCUAGGGUAUCAGUUUUUUAAGCCAAAGUUGAUCACCAGGUUGGAACAAGGAGAUGAGCCUUGUAUCCAGGAGAGAGGCGUGCCUAGAGCACCCCAGCGAGGUGAUGAAGGAUUCAAUGUACGCAACAUCUCCUUGGAUGGGGAGAUUAGAUGUAAACUGAAGACAUCAUUUCCAAAGCCAAGCAGUUCUAAGAAGUCAUCACAAGGAAAGGCAAAGAAAAUGACCCAAAGGGGUGGUUCUCAGGGUGCUAGGAAAGAAAGGGCCUUGGAAAGUGAGGACAGGCCACCACAUGGAAGGCAGAAAUCUGGCCCAAGGCUGACCACAGGCUUACAUAAAAAAAUCCUCCUUGGCAAGAAAAGGCAUGAAUCUGUGGUCUUGAGACACCUGAGUCACACAUCAACUACUACAACACCACAGAAGUUUCCUAGAGGAAAGAAGACCUUGAAGAAAGAUACUCAUGGAAAAACACAGAAGUCAGGUUUAACUAAAUGCCCAAGACUCAAAAAGGGGAAGACUCACUUUAAAUGUAAAGAAUGUGGGAAAACCUUCAACAAGACCCUCCACCUUAUCAAGCAUAAGCUUCAUGCUGGAGAGAAACCCCACAAAUGUGACGAGUGUGGGAAAUCCUUCAGACAUAGCUCAUACUUCUUUACACACUACAGAACCCAUACAGGAGAGAGAUCCUAUAAAUGUAAAGAGUGUGGGAAAGCCUUCAACAGCAGCUCCACCCUCAGUAGCCACCACAGGAUUCACACAGGGGAGAAACCUUUUAAAUGUGACGAGUGUGGGAAGACCUUCAAGCAGAGCACAAAGCUUUCACGCCACCGAAGAGUUCACACUGGAGAGAAACCCUAUCAGUGUAGUGAGUGUGAGAAAUCCUUUGGCCGCAGCUCAUCCCUGAGAGAGCAUAAGAGAAUUCACACUGGCGAGAAGCCCUACCACUGUAAAAUAUGUGGAAAAGCCUUCAGAUGCAACUCCCACCUUUCAGAACAUCAACCAAUUCAUCAAGAGGAUAAAUCCUACCAAUGUAAAGAAUGCAGGAAGAACUUCCAAAAUGGCUCCCACCUUACAGAACACAAGAGAAUUCACCUGCCAGGGACUCAUGAGGACUGACAAGAAUGUGGAAAAGCCUUCAUCAACAAGGAGGCCCUUCUCAAACAUCAGAAAAACCAUGGUGAGGAUUAUAUUUAUCACUGUAAGGAAUGCGGAAAGGCCUUCCAGUAUAAAUCAAGCAUUCAAAGACAUCAGAGAAUGUAUUCUGGAGAGAAGCCUUAUGUGUGCACUGAGUGUGGAAAAUCCUUCACCAACAGUUCAACCCUUAAUAAUCACUGCAGAAUCCACAGUGGAGAGAAACUGUAUCCAUGCGCCAAAUGUCGGAAAGCCUUCAGGCAGGUCACCUCCUUGAUGCUCCACCAGAAAAUACAUGCUAGAAAGGGACAAUAAACUCGCAGUGUGUGAAAGAGAAUUUAGCUAGAAUACAUACCUUUGUAAUCACCAGAGAAGUCAAAAUGGAGGGCAACCAUGUUAGUAGGCAUUCCCUUAAUUUCUCAUCAGAGGUUUUCUAUCAGACCAGUAGUUCUCAACUGGGGGCAAUUCUGCCUGUCUCCCACCUGGGACAUUGGGUAAUGUCUGGGGACAUUUUUGGUUGUCCCAAUUGAGAUAUGGGUUCUAAUGGACCAAGGCCAGGAUUGCUGCUAAACAUCCUACGAGGCACAAGAGAGCCCCCCACAACAAAGAAUUGUCUGGUACUAAAUGUCCACAGUGCUGCUGUAUUCAGCAAAAUCCUCAUGAGUAAUUGGAUUUGAGAAGGAAUUUAGGUAUAGUUUUCUGUGCUGUUCCAAGACAGUAGCCACUAACUAUAAAUGGUUAUUUUUUUAGCUAAUUAAAAUUUAAAAUUCAGUUUCUCAUGUUAACAAGCCACAUUUCAAGAGCUUGGUGGCCAAAUGUGGCUAAUGGAGAUCAUAUUGGACAGUGCAGAUAUACAACAUCGACAUCAUUAUAGAAAAUUCUAUACAGUGCUGGUUUAUAUCUUUGAAGUUAUCAGAAUUAUUACAUAGUGUAGCCACAAGACAUUGAAAAUGUAGGGGUACAGCUGUGGGAGAUGUAAUUUUUACUUACAGCACAGCCAAAUGUACACUUAUAAGUUGCUUUUGAAGACUAUCUUUGCAUUCAUGGUUUCAGGUACUUUAAAGUCUCGGGGUUGGCCAGUACUCAUCCCACAAGACGCUUUCCUAAUGCCUCGGGCAGAAUAACUAAUUAAUUAUUGAUAACGUUACUGAAAAAAUUAACAUUUCCCGAGGACUUUCCACCUGGCAGCAUCCUGCUGGGCAUUUUACAUAGAUAUUCUUAUUUAAUUCUCACCAGAUUCCUAUGAAAUAAGAACUAUGAUCCCCCAUUUUGUAGGUGAGAAAACUGAGGCUUAUGAGAGACUUUGCUUUUUUUUUUAAAUUUUUUAAGGAUUAAUUAUUAUUUCAAAAUUUGCAGAUAAAGCAAGACUCUAUUGCUAUUUUUAUAUUGUAUGCUAUCAAAUUCACAAAAAAUUUUUUUUAAAGAAAAGCCUAUCUGUUUACAUUUUUGUCUAGAGCACUCAUGAGAGCAGACAGCAAUUUGGAUUUACCUGUGGCUGGCACUUUUUGAGGUGACUAAAUCAAGGGUCAGCAAAGCAUGGUCCCUGGGCCAAAUCCAGCCACUGCCUGUUUUUGUUAAUGAAGUUUUAUUAGAACACAGCCAUGCCCAUUUGUUUAUGUAUUAUCUAUGAUGCUUUCGUGUUCCAGUGGCAAAGUUGAGUAGUUGUCACAGAGACUGUAUCACCUGUAAAAGUCUAAAAUAUUUUCUAUGUGACUCCUUACAGAAAAAAUUUGCUGACCCCUGGUAUAACUGACAAACUGAAAUAAAUAAGUGUAGAAGUAUGCGAGCAGUUAGAAAAAGAAGAAGCGAUAAACUCUAAGCAGAGUUACUCAAACUUGUGGCUAUGGCUCACAGUAGAAAAUAUGUUUUGUGUUAAAAUCCAGUACACGUUACACACCAGUACCAGUUGCUGCUGAGUUGAUUCCAACUCAUGGCAACCCUGUGUGUAUCAGAGUAGAACUGUGCUCCAUAGGAUUUUCGAUGGCUGAUUUUCAGAAGUAGAUCCCUAUGCCUUUCUUCCAAGAUGCCUCUGGAUGGGCUUGAACCUCCAAUCUUUUGGCUAGCAGCCAAGAACAUUAACUACCCAGGGGCUCCACACAUGUACCUAUUUAUGUGUGUGAGCACGUGUUUGUGCAUACUUGAAGGAUAAGUUUAACAAAAUAACACCAGUUAAAAAACCAGUUAUCAUCAAGAUGAUUCCAACUGAGGUGACUUCAUGUGUGUCGGAGUAGCACUGCGCCUCAUGAGGUUUUAAAUGACUAAUUUUUUGGAAGCAGAUUGCCAGGCCUUUCUUCUGAGGUACCUCUGGAUGGACUCACCCCUUUAAGCUUUUGGUUUGUAGCCGAGUAUGUUAUGUUUACCCCUAUUACAUGCACCAGAAACCCUGGUGGCAUAGUGGUUAAGUGCUACGGCUGCUAACCAAAAGGUUAGCAGUUUGAAUCUGCCAGGCACUCCUUGGAAACUCUAUGGGGCAGUUCUACUCUGCCCCAUAGGGUCACUAUGAGUCAGAAUCGACUUGAAGGCAGCGGGUUUUUUUUAUUACAUGCACACACUGAUUCUCUUUCACUUGAAAAAUGCUGGUCACAACAUUCUAAAUUGAUUUCAUUAACCAUCAUGAGGUGUGACCCAUGAUUUGAAAAGCAUUGUCUAAUGGCCGGACAGGACAAUGUAAAAUCAGAAUCUGCCGUUGUCUCCUUUUGAGACCUUGAGAGACAUCGGGAGCCAAAGGAUCUCAGUUGUGGCUGUAGGUGGCAUCACCACUGGAGGACUUAACAGAAGACAGAUGAUGGAAAGCACUCAGAUGUUGAAACUGUAGCUUUGCUCUUGCUCCAGAAAUGGCUUCAGAGUAGAGAGUGAGGUUCUAGAGAUAAACGCAGGCACUCUGGAUUGCUUUUAUGUUCUCCAGAACAUUUUCUCCCCUGCCCCCUUCCCAACAUGUGGAGGACUAGAGGGUCCAUAGAUACCCUAACAAUGAGGGAGGAAAGAACAUGGAUGGAGUUCUCCAAGGACUCUAGUGGGGCUUGAAGUGGGAACCAUCUUUGACUAUGUGGCUGCAUCCUUCUGAAAAUCAUCUCAGGGGUAGGGCUAGGGUGGGUGGGGAGGACUACAUGCACCAGGUUAUUAUUGUUGUUGUUGUUUUUGUUUUUAUCUGUGAGACAUUUGUGUGCGGGGAGGGGUGGGCCGGUGUAGGAGACUUCUCUACUCUAAGGGAAGAAUGCAUCUGUAUAUAUCCAUCAGAAUUCUUUUGGUUGCAAGUAACAGAAACCCAACUCACUUUAGCUCACGUGAAACCAACAGCAACAAAAGGAAUAUAUUGGCUCACGAACCUGGGAGAGCUCCUAGCUUGAAAAUCUCUGACAAGGCCAAGACCUGGCCAAGCCUGGAAUCACAAGAAUUUGAUGUGAACAAAACUUGUUGCACAUCUUUCAUCUCUGGUUGUCUCUGCAUAUAUUUGUCUUGUCCUUCUUUUGGCAAACAAGGAUAUUGUCCACCAAGGGUGAAGCAUGGUUGCCAGACUCUGUAUCAAUCAAUACUACAGAAGAAACCCAAUGAGGCUGCAAUAAUCUGGGGAACGGGUGGGGAAUCUAUCACCUUUUUUUUCCUUCGAGUGGUAGCAAUGAGAACGUGUCAAUUCUGUGAUUUUUUGAUGAAAACUUUAACAAGGAAGAAUAAACAAUCACAGUGGCUGGAGGAAAAAAGGUGAAAGCAUGGAUUCCACUUAGAAGGCUGUGGUGGACACCAAAGUAAGAUGUAAUGGUGGCUUGUGAUGGCUUCAGGAUAAAUAUAUAAAAGAUUGAGCCAAUAGACAUGUUAGAUGAUUAGAUGUGGGAUACGAGGGUGAGGCAGGCGUCUGGGAUGACUUCCCCAAUCCUGGCUUGAACCAACAGGAGGUGCCAGGCUCCAAGAUGGGCAUGACUUGGGAGAAACAGAAAUGGGACAACAGGGAGACCAAAGUUCAGGUUUGGACAUGUUAAAUUGUGCUACAGCCGAGUGAGUGUUGGAAGGAGCUGAGUGGAUUAAACUGACAAAUAUUCAACCUUUGUGUCUGUCUGGUUUUAUCAAAUUGUCUCAAUAUUCACAGCAUUUCCUCCCCCAUCAUGUCACUGUCCAGGGGUGUGGCACUGCCCAGUCAGUCCUGCUCUUCUUGCAAGCCAAGGUUGGAAUUUGAUGGGUCGAUAAAUUCAUUAAUUUAUUUAUUCAAAACUCUUUUACUGAUGCCAUAAACAAAGUCAAAAUAGAACAACAAACCAAGAAAAAGCAUUUUCAAUACACAUUACAAAGGAUCAAUAUCCUUAAUAUAUAAAGAGCUCUCACAAAUAAAUAAGAAAAAGACCAAUGGCCCACUGAAAAUUGAUGAAAUAAUAUAAACAGAGUUCAUAGUAAAGAAAUGCAACUGAUAUUAACCAUGUUUUCACCCAGCAGAUUGGGAAAGAAGAGUAUUUGUUAAGUACUGAG